ACCGUUGUGAAUUUCCUUCGACUUUCAAGAGAAGAUUUUGAUUAUUUACUGGCUCUAAUCACUCCUAAGAUUGCAAAAAAAAGAUACGGAGAUGAGAAAUGCUAUAAGUGCUAGAGAACGUUUGAUAAUAACUUUAAGAUUUUUGGCAACUGGGGACAAUUAUAGAAGUUUGGAGUAUACAUUCAACGUUUCGGCACAAACAAUAUCUACGUUUAUCCCAGAGGUUUGCGAUGCUUUAAUCGAAGUUCUUGGCAGUUAUGUACAGCUUCCAUCAAAUCAAUGUGAAUGGCUGAAAAUUUCCAAUGAUUUUAAGCAGCAAUACGGUUUCCCUAAUGCCAUCGGAGCUAUUGAUGGAAAGCAUGUUCAAGUCAAAUGCCCGCGUGAGAGUGGAAGUGACUAUAUUAAUUAUAAAAUUUUUUUCAGCAUUGUGCUUCUUGCCGUUGUUGAUGCCAAUGGCUACUAUGCCUAG